ACCAAAAAACCAGUGUGAAUUUUAUUUCUUUUAAACUUGAUGCUUUUGGAAGCUGUUCUGACAGUAGUACUACGGGACUUUGUGCAACCACAUGGCUAAAUUUAGUAACAUUUUGGAACCUUCAGAGUGACUUGUUUGAAAAAGGGCUUGUUUCUCCUGCUGUUUACUUUAUAUGAAAUCUAUUUCAAAAAUAAUCUGGAAAGCUCACUAAAUAUAGUAGAUUAGAAGCAAUAUAGUUCCACAGAAGACAGAAGGGAGGAGAAAAGGGAACAAUCUUGCAAUUAAAUUCUUUGUUUUAAAUAGUUUAGAAGUAGAAAAGGAAAAAAAAAAAAGAUGGAAAGAUUGAGUAAUGUUUUCUGUGGAAGGAAUCAGGCUGCAAACAUUUACUGUAUAAUUUGCUAAUAAUAAUAAUUGAAAUUUAAUAGAGUGUGUUAAGAUCUACAAAAUACUUUACAUUCAGGUAUUAUCCUGAUGAACCUCUGGACAACCCUGCAAGGUUGAUGCUAGACCUGUCCCCCUUUUACAGAUAAGAAAGCUGAAGUUCCCAGAGAUUAAAUGACGUGCUCAGCAUCACAUAGCUGGUUUGAGUGAUAAUAUUGAAGCUUAAUUGUCCAAGAUGCCUGUUCCUCCUCCUCCAGCACCUCCACCUCCACCAACAUUUGCUCUGGCAAACACAGAAAAGCCUUCCUUGAACAAAUCAGAACAGGCUGGAAGAAAUGCUCUCCUUUCUGACAUUAGCAAAGGGAAAAAACUCAAGAAAACAGUUACCAAUGACCGAAGUGCACCGAUAUUGGACAAACCUAAAGGAUCUGGUGGUGGAGGCAGCAGCUUUGGAGGAGGUAGCGGUGGUGGCGGAUUUAGUGGAUCUAGUAGUGGUGCCACUGGAGGUGGUUUUGGAGGGAGUGGUCCACCUGGGUUAGGUGGAUUAUUCCAGGCAGGAAUGCCAAAACUGAGAUCCACGGCCAACAGAGAUAAUGUUUCAGAGUCGGGAGGAACGCGCCCCCCUAUUUUGCCCCCGGGAGGAAGAGCUACGUCCGCAAAGCCAUUUUCUCCCCCUGGAGGUGUAGGGCGGUUUCCUACACCUUCUCCGGGCCACAGAACUGGUCCUCCCGAGCCCCAGAGGAAUCGAAUGCCUCCUCCUCCCAGGCCUGACCUGAGCGCAAAGCCUGACAGCGGUCCGCCUCCCGUGCCUAGCACGCCAAGGCCAACACAAUCAAGUCUCCACAACCGAGGCUCUCCCCCAGUGCCCGGAGUACACCGGCAGCCCAGCCUGGGGCCAACGCCUCCUCCAUUCCCUGGGAACCGAAGUGCAGGAUUUGGUGGGAUUCGACAGUCAUCUCCAGGCACCUCAUCUCCCUUCUCCAACAGACCUCCCCUUCCUCCUGCCCCAAGCAGGGCUAUGGAUGACAAGCCACCGCCGCCACCGCCUCCAAUGGGCAACAGGCCUUUGGUCAAUAGAGAAGGGGCUCCCCCACCUCCUCCUCCUCAAAACAAUAAGCCUCCCGUGCCUUCCACGCCCAGGCCAUCCUCCUCUUCACAGGCCCCACCUCCACCUCCCCCUCCCAGCAGGCCUGGUCCUCCUCCUGUGCCUCCGGUGUCCGGUGGGAAUGAUGAAAUCCCCAGGCUUCCCCAACGGAAUCUAUCCCUUACUUCUUCUGCGCCUCACUUACCUUCACCAGGGCGUUCAGGUCCACUUCCUCCCCUACCCAAUGAGAGACCGCCUCCUCCAGUGAGAGAUCCACCAAGCAGAUCAGGACCUCUUCCACCUCCUCCACCUAUAAACAGAAAUGGCAGUGCUUCCCGAGCACUGCCUUCUACACCUCAAUUGCCUUCCAGAGGUGGAUUAGAAAACCAGAGAAGUAGCCCAAGACCUCCUCUUCCACCAGACAGACCUGGCUCUGGAGCUCCACCUCCCCCACCACCUUCAUCUUCAAUGAGAAAUGGCUUUCAAGACGUAUCAUGUGAAGAUGAGUGGGAAAGCAGAUUUUACUUCCAUCCACUAUCUGAUUUGCCGCCUCCAGAGCCAUAUGUACCGAUGACCAAGAGUUACCCCAGCAAAGUGGCAAGAAAUGAAAGCCGAAGUGGCUCCAACAGGAGAGAAAGAGGAGCUCCCCCACUUCCCCCAAUCCCCAGGUGAAUGGGAUGGCCAACCUCCCCCAGCCCAGUUGCUGUAUUUACCUGAACUGAAGAGCUGCUUCUCUUGUCACCGUUGGAAAAUCAGCCCCCUCACCCUACCCACGUUCUUGCCUCUUUUUUGUGUCCUCCUUCGAGUGGCUAAAGGGUAAAAGGUGGGGCUAUUAGGAUGCAUGUGGAUUUUGUGGAUUUACCACAAAUCAAGGAAUAAAAUACACCUAGAGUUUAUGACCAGUACAUACAUAUAUAUUGUGUGUGUAUGUAUGUAUACAUGUAUAAGUAUAUAUAUGUAUACAAACAUACAUGUAUUACCUUUAAAACUAUUGCUUGCUUCAGGUGUUACCUUCAGGUAAAGCCUCACAUGACAAAUUGGCAAGUGAUGAGAGUUUUGAAAUUCAUGUUAGCCGCUUCUAAAAGAAAUCUGAGCAUUUACUGCCUAUUUGCCUUAAACCUGUACUUCUUAAAGUAUAUUCACUCACCUCAGAAUGUCUCUUUCAAAAAGAUACUUGCUUAUUUAAUUUUUCUCCCCAUCCUUGCAUGCUUGGCUUACUUCCUACUUUUAUGAACCACAGACCACUUAGGGAGUUUACUGAGUUCCUGCUCAAAUACUGCUUUCAUCUCAGCAUAUUCAGCCCUUGGCAAUCUAAGGCAGGGUGUGCGAGAUAGAGGAUUAUGCUCUUAAAGACAUCUCUCUCUCUCUCUCUUUUUUUUUUUUUUUUUUUUUUUUUUUUACAACAGUGUACCACAAUCCCACUUAAAAAAAAAAAAAAAAAAAGACAGCCAAUAAAUGCUUUAAUAAUUAAAAAUUAAAUAAAAAAGAAGUUAGUAUCCCAUAUUCCUUGUUAGAGAAUUGACAGCUAAAUAUUGUUUUCCCCUCUUCUCCCCAAACACACACAUCAUUGGCCAAACUUUAAAUUCAUAAACUUGGUAUUUCAACAUAGAAUUUAGUCUGGUAUAGUUUAUGUUCAUAUGGAAAGUAGCAAUUGAAGAGAAACUGGAGGUUUAUGAGACUCUCUAGCUCAGAGCUAGCUGGUUAUUCCAUAUGUAUGUCUGCUAGAUUCCUUCCAUACCAGUCUGAAGCAACUUUUGUCUUUCUUUUUUUUUUUUUUUUUUUUUGAGGCAGUUUUCAUGAAAUUUGCCUCGUAUAAAUCCAAAUGAUGACCCAGAGUGAAAGGGAGAAAAAGUUAGGAAAAUGUUGCAUCAAAUGCUAUUCUCUAAAAAUGUGUAAAAAGAGAAACAGAUUUGAAAGUAAGCAUAAGAGCCUUGAAAAUCCAAGGCUGAGGCUUAUUGAAAAAAGAGCAUUUUGAAGGAAUAGAGCACUGGAAAAUGAAAAAUAUUUGUUAAAAAAAAUUUAUAAGAAGGAACCCAUUAUCUGAGAGCUCUGUGGAUGAGGCUUAGAUAAGAACUAUAGGAAAAGCCAGAUGUUCCUUUUUCAUACAAUUUUGUUUACAAAACCUUAAUAAAAAUUUUUAUCUUAAGAUAGAACAAAGGGGAGUGGAAGGGAAGGGAAAAAAAGUUUUCAUCUAAAUAUUUUAUAUACUUGGUUGUGUCUAAAAUUGUUUCAUAUAUUUGUUGUUUUUUAAAAGCACAUUAAUAAUAAGCAUAUAUAGAUCUGCCCAAAUUUUUAUUACAAUAUCAAUUUAUUAUUCACAAGUUACUGGCUAACUAAAAAAAAAUCCAAAGACAAAUUGAAAAGAUUUAUUCAUGUUUAUAGAAUAAAAUAUUCUCUCAUUUAUGUCUAUAUACCAGGGGUAUAUAAUGAAUUAUUAAGUUACCAUUUUGAAUUCAUUGUGUUUUUUAUGUGUCUCCUUGCCAAAGUCUUGGAUUUGACACAUGAUUGGUUGUUCUUCACUCUUCUGCCUCACACAUAUCUGCCAGGCAGUAAAUGCUGUUUGCCUGCCCUGAAAGAUUCAAGGACUGAAGAGUUAUUGCAAGGGCUGGGCCCAAUAUGUCCAAAAGUGUAUUUUUGUUAUGAUCUAUGAUGUUUGGGGAAUUCAUCUACUGAACUAAAUCAUCUUAUUUUGAAAAGCUCAGAAAAGAUGUACCUGGAAGAGUGGAAAGAGCAUUGUCUCUGAAAUCACAAGAGUGGGUUCAGACCCCUACUUUCAAUUUACUUCCCCAGGCUCUCAGAUUACUCAUCUAGAAAAUAAAGGGAUUAAAAUAGAUAGCUUCUGAGUUGCCUACAAAUUCUCCCUAUGUAUGGUCUUAUUCUUUGAGCUGAUUUUGACAAUAUAACAUCCCUAUGAUGAAGACUAAAAUCAAGCUUCUGAAAGUGUGGCCCUUGGUCUUCAUUGUAAAUAUAUAGAAGAGAAAAACUUGCAAGAAAGAAAAUGGUCCAGAUUUUGUGAAUGGAGCAAAUACUCAGUCCAUUGAAUUCUAUAUCCUAGAUGUAGCAUAAGUUUGAGCAUCUCAACUCAAAGUCGCCAAUCACUUGGAAUUAAUACAUUUAGAAUGUAUUUUUUAAACAAUUGAAUCUUCCAGUAUUCCAAGGAUCUCUUGCUUGCUUUCUUUAAAAAAAAAAAAAAAAAAAAAAAAAAGGAAAGAAAACAAAAUCCUUUUUCUAGCCAAAACUUCUCAUAGCAUCUCUAUGGUAAAACUACAAAAAGAAAAGAAAAAGAAAAUACUACUGCAAAAGAUGUAAAAAUCAGCAUUUUUUUCUUCCCCCAAAUCUGAGAUUACUAUGUCUGUUUUCAUUUUCUAUAAAGUUUUAGCUAUAUUCAAGAUGCAAUACAGUAUUUUAACAUUCAUUAUAUCAUUUUAUAUUAAAGUAUAUUUACAGUAUUAAGAUUCAGUAUUCAGUAUUUAUUUCACUAUGCAUUUUGUUUAGUAAAAAAAAGGUGAAGAAAAAAAAGUUUACUCCAUUGGUGCCUUACUUUGUGAUUUUAAUGAAAUCAACUUUUUUGUGUCUAUAGCAUAUUAGUAAAAAAAAAAAAAAGUUAGGCUUUGAUAUUUCAAACUUAAUACAAAGUAUGACAAUUUCUUUUGUUCUGUUAGUAGCACAAAUAAGGGUGCUUGAAAUGCCCAGUGAAAUUCACUUUUUCCUACUUUACAGUCAGGAACUGUGGAAGGGCAAAUGGUAAAUUGUUUUCAUAGCACUGCACUGUAAACAUGCACAUUUUGAUAUCUGUUUCUUGUUGAGUAGCUUAAAUGAUGGAGCCCAAUCUUUUUUUACAGUGAUCUACGCUUUUAAAAAUUAGCUAGGUAAUAAAUAAAAUCAGAAUGAUCAAACGUAA